CAUUGAAUGAGCCAACCAUAGACUAUGGGUUCCAGAGGUUGCAGAAGGUCAUUCCAAGGCAUCCAGGUGACCCAGAAAGGUUACCUAAGGAGGUAUUAUUGAAGAGAGCGGCUGACCUUGUUGAAGCUCUGUAUGGAAUGCCCCACAACAACCAGGAGAUUAUUCUAAAGCGGGCAGCUGAUAUUGCAGAAGCUCUGUACAGUGUACCACGCAAUCACAACCAGAUUCCAUCUCUUGCCAAUACUCCAUCACACACUGGAAUGAUGGGAGUGAAUUCGUUCAGCAGCCAGCUAGCAGUGAACGUAUCAGAGACAUCACAGGCUGAACAAGUAGGUUAUAGCCGCAACACAAGCAGCGUGUCCCCGCGUGGCUAUGUCCCAAGCAGCACUCCUCAGCAGGCUAACUACAACACAGUAAGCAAUAGCAUGAAUGGCUAUGGCAACACAGGAAUGCCAAACUUGGGGGUUCCCAGCUCUCCUGGAUUUCUCAACGGCUCGUCGGCCAACUCCCCCUACGGCAGUAAGUAUCGAGUAGUGCCGUCAAGCCCUACCAUGGCAGCCUCUUCGGUCACCCUCCCUUCAAACUGUAGCAGUACGCACGGCAUUUUCUCAUUCUCACCUGCCAAUGUCAUCUCUGCAGUGAAACAAAAGAGCGCCUUUGCCCCUGUUGUCAGGCCCCAAGCAUCUCCUCCUCCCUCUUGCACCAGUGCAAAUGGAAAUGGACUUCAAGUUUUACCGGGAUAUUACUAUUCAAAAUAGUUUGAGGUUUUGAAUAGAUACAAAACAAUGUCCGGGCUGGUCGUCCCACCAAUGUAAAUUGCACAUGUUCACCUUCAGCAGCAUCAAGCUUCCACACAAUGGGUUUCAAAGGACAAGUUUAGUACAUAUAGAAGAUGCUGGUAGAAACAGUGUCAUCAAUCAUGAAUAAAAUCAGCAGCUAAUUCUGUUAUUCAGAAGAAAAAAAAGACUUUGUUUCAAAGAUUUUAUUCAAAUUAUAAAGAAUUGACAUGCAAGCGAUUUCUUCAUGAACAAUUCCAUUUUACUGACUGAAUCUUUUCUCAAGUUUUCACAUUUCUCAGUCUUGAAGAAAAAAAAAGGAACAAACAAAAAUCAAAAACUAACAAAAAAAACCCUGUCUAUUUUGUAUAAAGUUUCUGAUCUUGGCUAUGUCUAGUUUUUGCUGUGUGUUGGGAGAAGCUUUGUGGAUGCACCAUUUUAAUUUUCAUGAAAACACUGAUGAAAAAUGCCUCAGAACAUUUUUCACUUCUCUUAAAUAGAUUCACAAUGGUUGUGUAUCUCUAUAAUGUGAAUACGGUUUGUGUGGUGAGAAAAAAGGGGGCCAAGAUGGUAUGUGCCAUUGAACUGGAAAAAUAAAUAAAUAAAUAUAUGAUUUAGAAAAUAAAAUGGGGACACAGGGAAGGGUCGGGGGAAAUUUUAUCAUGCUUACGUCAUCUUUAAAAAAAGAAACUUUGUAACUUAUUGUAGUUAGAAAUUGUAACUUUGAUAUUGCAAAAAUUAUUCUCUUGCCUUCAACAAGCACACUGACAGAGAUACAAUGCUACUGUCUGUUGGUUAAAAAUAUACUUCCACUGCUAGAGCUUCCUGUUAAGCAAGUGUGAUCUGCAAUGUUUUUCAACUUUUUGCUAGCACUGUAUACUAUUGCAUUCUUAGGCUACUGUGAAGUCUGUUUCUUGUACCAGAAAGUUGUCCUUUGACUUCUAGAUCCUUCUUCCCUAAUGUGUUUUGUAUGUGGUUAUAAAAUUGUAGACUUUUGUGAUUUUGCCAAAGUUGUAGCUAAAUAUUUAUACACUGGUCUUGAAUUUUUUCAGAUCCACUUAAAUCUUUAGUACAGAGUUUUAUUCCUUAUGAUGUUUAUAAGGAGUAAAAUGGUCUUAUUCAUUGCAACACUUUCUUUCACAUAAACACUUGCUGUCACUAAGGGAAUCUUUUGUAACAUAUCAAUUAUAAAUAUUGUAUUUAUCUUUGAAAUUUUGUAUAUUGCUUUCCAUCCUUUUAUUUUAUCUUGUAUGUAUUGUUUGUCAUGGCCUGAUAUUGUGAUGCUGUAAAGAGCUAAGCCAAGAACUGUUGCCUUCAUUCACACUUCUGUUUUUAUUAAUAGAUUGCAAUGUCCAUACAUUUCAUUUGUAUUUCAGAUUUUUUAUUACUUUUGUCAAGACUUUUCGUCCAUUUUUAAUUUUUUUUUUAUUUUGAGGAAAAGUCAAAUUCAUUGUUUAUUUUUAUAUUAUUUUUUAAGUUAUCUAAAUGAAUAAUUUUUUGAAUAAAAACUGUUUGUUGUAUAGUCAAAUAAAUUGUUUGUGACACAUGGCUGUAAUGAAUACUAGUAGAAAAAUGUGCAUGUAACACAGCCACAGAGGGAUGAUUCAAUUUGUGGUUGUAAGUUUUUUUUUUUUUUUU